AUGGACGACUCGAUUUGGGAGGAUUUAUGCAAACAGCCAAUACUCAAAGCCUCUUCUGAAAAAUAUGCAAAGCUUGUUUACGAUUCGACCACGCAACUGCUUCAACCCAUUCAAUCGAUCUUGUCAGCUCUGAAUCUACGCGCCAUUGGGUUGACAAAGUGUGCCGACUUUGAUGCUGCUCUUCGCGAUGCCAAAGUUAUGCAACAGCUAUCGCCUUUUUCAGCUCUUGGAUAUCUAUGUGCAGCCGAGAUUUACAGUGAGCAAGGAAAGCAGCUUCAAGUCAUCAAUGUAUGCAACAAGGGAUUGAGUAUGACCGACACCAUGGAUAAGCAGUAUGAUGAUUUGAAACGAGCCAAGAUGGAUGCUGAGCAACACCAAAGUAAACGGAUCGACUUUGUUAGCCAACUACCUGUCGACAUUGUGAUUUCAACGCUUAUUCCCAUCAUGAUGGAUGAUUCAGCUAUCAGCUUAAAGAAACCCAAUGUCUAUUUGCAUGUAUCCAACACAUGGCGUGAUCGUAUCAGCCAAUCCUUUAAUGGUAUACGUUUCGAGACUUUAUCUGAAGAGGGCGACAACCUGUCACAAGUGAUUGAACUUGCUCCACAUAUCAAGGAAUUGGAUGUUCAACAAUUUACCCGAGGAAAAUGGCUUUGUGAUUUACUGCGCAAUCAUGACUUUUGCUCGUUAGGGGAAUUACACGUUGGCGGCAUUACAGCUGAUUGUAGUGAUUAUUUGGUGUCGUCGUUAAAGUCAAUUGGCAGCACUUUGACACAUGUUUCUAUCCAGCAGGAAGAUGGCAGCAUGUUAUCGAUAGGCGACAUUCUCUUCAACUGCCCCCAUCUUGUCUCACUCGGCAUUAUCCACCCGUUUGCUCCCAAUUUCAGCUCGCUUCGAAUGGUAAAAUGGCCCAAUCUCACUAGAUUAUCCUUCUCCAAUACAGAAAAGGACGUCGGCUGUGAUCAGAUUAAAGCAAUUGGCAAGCGUUUUCCAUCACUCAAGGUGCUUUCACUUUAUCCAUGUGAAGAGAUACAAUUGACAAACGUUGUUUUGGAUACUUACCCAAGGAUGAAUCAACUUGACUUUUGCAUGGAUAGCCCAGCUGCUGAUCUCACGUAUACGGAAGAAGGACCACAAUGUAGCGAUGUUGGGAUUACGGAUAUUUCGGUGCAUGUGGAUCGUUCGGAUUGGGAAGGUUAUCAUAUUGAUCCUUGGGAGAAUCUUAUUCCUAUAUUGAAAGAGAAUCAUAAAACGAUCCAACACUUCAAAAUUGACAUGGACUUUGAAGAUGAUAACAAGGAUGUCUACGACCUUGAGUACCCUCGGCUGAAGAAGCUUUGUCUUUUUAACUCUGGAUGGUGGAUACCGCGCAACGCACCCAUACUUGAGGAAUUGACGAUGACGUCUCGUGCAAUCAAAGGAAAUCCAGCAGUGCUUGAUACAAUACCGCCCACUUUAAAGAGACUCGAAUUGAAAUUGGGUCGUGCAGCCUAUCAUCUUAAUGACGAAACAUCAGCCGUUUCAGCAUACCUCCAUCGACUUGCCAAUCACUCUCAGCUAAAAGAGGUUGUUGUUCAUUUCCACGACGCGCUUAUCAUUAGCAAUGUGCUUGAUGCAAUCCAACAUCUUGGUCGGAUUCAGAACUUGACACUAAUUUUUACAAGGAUGUGGGGACCCUGUGUUUGGGAAUCGUAUGAAAUGGACCGCUUUGUUGAUGGGCUUGCAAAAGGGUGCCCUCGCUUAUCCAGUCUUGAAAUCAACUGCAAGAACGCGCCAUCGACGUAUACUGUGAAUGCUUUGAAACGACUUGAACAUUUGGAACAACUCGUAAUUUCAAUCGAGGAGAUGGGUGGCGAUGAUGGUUUUUGGCAUGCGCUUGAAACUUUUAAACAGCUCAAAUGUAUCCGGAUCUAUUCUGCAAAAGCUGCCAACAUGGAUGCUAUUCGACAUCUCCAAGGACAACGGCCUGACUUGAAGAUCAUCUUCGACAAACGCCCACACACCUUUAAUGGUUUUCUUGUCAUAAAUCCAUCAUAUGGGUUCACCGUCUAA